AUGGUGCCCACGGCUCUCGGGGCGCUCCUGGCCCUGCUGCCGCUGGCCUCGGCGCUACAGAGCCCAGGUACCCAGCACGGGGGCCGGAUGCCGGAGCCCUCCGAGCCCGCCCUGCGCCGCCUGUCCCACUCCCUCCUGGCCCACUACCAGAAGGGCACCCGGCCCGUGCGGGACUGGCGAACGACCACAAACGUGGCCAUCGACCUCAUGGUCUAUGCCAUCCUCAGCGUGGAUGAGAAGAACCAGGUGCUGACCACCUACAUCUGGUACAGGCAGCACUGGACAGAUGAGUUCCUCAAGUGGGACCCAGCUCGCUUCGACAACCUGACGCAGAUCUCCCUCCCUGUAGAGAGCAUCUGGGUGCCCGACAUCCUCAUCAAUGAGUUUGUGGAUGUUGGAAAGUCCCCACACGUCCCCUACGUUUACGUCAGCCAUCACGGGGAGGUGCAGAACCUCAAACCCAUCCAGGUGAUGACUGCCUGCAGCCUGGACAUCUACAACUUCCCCUUCGACGUCCAGAACUGCUCUCUCACCUUCACCAGCUGGCUGCACCACAUUCGUGAUAUCAACCUCUCGCUGUGGCGUCAGCCGGAGCUCGUCAAGUUCGACCGAAGUGUCUUCAUGAACCAGGGCGAGUGGGAGCUGCUCUAUGUCCUCACCCACUUCCAGGAGUUCAGUGUCAAGAGCAGUGACAGCUACGCUGAGAUGAAGUUCUAUGUAGUCAUCCGGAGACGCCCCCUCUUCUACACCGUCAGCCUGCUGCUCCCCAGCAUCUUCCUGAUGGUUAUGGACAUUGUGGGCUUCUACCUACCUCCCCACAGUGGUGAGAGGGUCUCUUUCAAGAUCACUCUCCUGCUGGGCUACUCGGUUUUCCUCAUUAUUGUAUCCGACACAUUGCCAGCUACUGCCGUCGGCACCCCGUUGAUAGGCAUCUACUUUGUGGUGUGCAUGGCACUGCUCGUCAUCAGCCUGACAGAGACCAUCCUGAUUGUGCGCCUGGUGCACAAGCAAGACCUGCAACCCCACGUCCCUGAGUGGGUGAAACACCUGCUGCUGGAAAGAGCCACCAUCCUGCUCUGUAUCCGGGACAGGAAGAAAUUCAGCCAAAGCAGGAUGCAAAACUUGGACACCUCCAGGCAGGUGGAGAACAAUGACAGCACAGCCAAGCCGACCCCCUACGUCUGUGAGGGCCCCCGGGAGUGCGGGGCAGUGGGGAGCACAAGGUCUGCACUGGCCUUUGCUGGCCAGACGGAGGGCUCGGCAGCACUGCAGGAGAUCCUGCGUGAGACCACGGCUAUCCGCCAGCUCCUGGAAAAACGGGAGGAAUUCCGCGACGUCGCCCGUGAGUGGCUGCAAGUUGGCUAUGUGUUGGAUGUCCUGCUGUUCCGGGUGUACUUGGCAGCCGUCCUGGCUUACAGCAUCACCCUGGGCACCCUCUGGUCGGUGUGGAGGGAUGCCUGAGCAGUGCCCGUUGUUCAGGGCGGGAGAUGGGGGACCUCACUCUGGCGGGUUCUCCCUGGUUCUUGGGACUCCCCAGUGUCUGCCGACCCAGGCGAGCGCAUCCCUCACGUCCCUCAGCUCCGCAGCGGGACGGCGGAGCUGAGCAGGAGCCCCCAGGACCCCAUGACCCUGCCCAAACCUCUCUCCAUGCUUCCCCUGCCAACUCCGGGAGCGCCUCCUGCCCGGCCCUGCCACGGCCGCGGCUUCAGCACCGCGGACAGCGGCGCCGCCGCCCGGCCCAGCCGCCUCCCGACCCGGGGUCCCCCGGCAUCGGGUGGGUCCCCCCUGCACCGCGGGAUCCCCACCGCCCCAGGGGUCCCGCUGUCCUCGGCUCCCCUACCCCUCACCCCGGCUGCUGCCUUUAUAUCCUGCCCGGGCCCCCGGGUACGCUUGCCCAGCAGAUCCCCACCAAGCUUGUGCUCAGCAGUUCUAGCAAAGCGGGAGAGACCCCCGUGUCCGGCCGCAAACCGGGAUGGCAAGGGGACUGACUCCGUGAGCACGCGGUACUGGGGCAGGACCGCCACCACAGCUGCAGCAGGUCCUCUGCUGCAGACGCCAUAAGGGCCCAUCCUGUGCUCUAGGAGCAUCUCUGCAUAUGCAGGUGAUGGGGGUGGGUUGACACCACCUGGCUCUCAUACCUCUGCCCUCAAACCCACCAGCCCCAGAGCAAGACUCCCACUCACCAUCUCAGAGCCAUCACCUGCAGGAAAACUUACCUCUGAGUGACGGGGGCUGAGGACGGGUGCGGCGGGCUCCUGCCAGUGCCGGCCCGCACUAAUGCGCUGAUGGUCGGUAAGUGGCUGCCUAUUGAUGAGGUGUCCAGUUAAAGAGUUCGUGAGACACUAAAUCAGCCCAUUGAUCCUGCCGAGAUCGAUGGUGCUACAGACCUGAUCAGUGCAGCGGGCAAUUAACACCCUCUGGAAUGAGCUGCCUUCGUGUAACAUCAAACGCUCCAACAGACAAAUCCAAUGGGGCCAUUGACCCGGGUGUGCGAUGCCACCCAGCCCAUGUGCUUGACGAGGGUACUGGGCAGCAAGACUCCUGAGCCAGCCUUGCCAUCUCUCUCCUGCCCACUGUGACCCUGAUGUCCCCCAGGGCUGCACUGCAAGAUGCUCAUCUGUGCUGCCGUAUCCCAUUGAAUGUUUUGGUCCUUGUCCUCCCUGUGCUAGGAAGCCAUCAUGCACCCAACCUAACCCCCUCAAGAAGCCCAGCAGUCCUUUUCCCUGGAAGGAUAGGCUGCCUGUCUUGGAGGAAACAUUGAUUCUCCCCUUGCCCUCUCGCUACUUUGGGAAGUGCUGCAUGUGGGAAAAAAAGUUCCAGGCAUCUGAGAGAAGCCUGGAUUUUCCUCUUUAAAAAAAAAAAUCAAUAAAUCUGAAUCUA